AUGGUCAGCGAACAGGUUGCAGGGCGAAAGAGCCUCGCCAGCACGGUCGAAGAAGUCACAAUCACCUACAACAUGAUCGUCGCCCUGGCGCUCGAUCGCGGCCACACAGAUGGAUGGCCCCGGAUGUCGCAGCUGAGAGCCUACCGGCAAGAGUUCCUCGACUGGGUCGAAGCUUCGGGUGCUGCCCUGGAGUCCUCGCUCCCCGGUUCGCUGUCGUACCAGUAUUACGAUCGCCCGGAUAUAUACAGCAAGUUCACGGAAGGUGCUACGGAUCUAUGCGAGAUACUCAAGCGAAUUGUAGAACUCUACAGAGCAGGCGUUGGGAACCCGGAUAGACUCAAGGAAACGCUGGCCUUGAUGGACCAGUGUUCCAAGACUGUGACGACUCUCCGCGAGCUGACGGAGCGCGGCAAAUCACCACCUUGGGAGGCGGGCUUUCCCAGAAUCUCUUCACAAGAGCCUAGCAAGCAAGAGCCUAGCGGUGCUUGGAAGCGUUGGUGGAUCGGAAUUGCGAGGCAAGACAACGAAGCGCCUGCAAAACAUCCCACAGCUGCCCUCUUUAACACGACAGUCAUGUCUACCCAGAACGCGGAACGCCUGGAAGGCAUCCCUUUCGUCGUCAGUGAAAUCAGAAAGUCAUUCUCCAAGAUGGUCCUCAAGACGGGUGGGAUAGACUCAGAAGUCAAGAACUCGAUCAUCGACCAAGAAUUGCGGUUCAUCGCAUGGAUGGCCGCCAACGAUGCCCACCGCGAUGCUGACUCCUCCCCCAGGUCUCUGGAGCACUGGCGCAGAUCCCCUCCCCAGUCGUACGGCGUGCUGUCCUAUUCACUUCUGAACGUCAACAGACUUCUUGAGUGCAUCGAUCGACUUCUCGAAGAGCGUCUUGGCCCGGAUCAGAAGGCUGUGUUGGAUUUGUUUGCGAAACAGCUCAAGGACGCUUUGAAGACUCUCGAGGAUGUUACUUCUGAACGCUGA